AGGCCUAAAUGUAAUAAAUGCCAUGAGGUCUACUAUGCAGCAGAGGAGGAGGGUGGUUAGAGGACACCACCAUCAUCAUUCCGCUCAAUAAUUCGACUGUGUUAAUGGUGGUUUAGUGAUAACGGCGCCGAUUUACCAAUCAGGCGUUUACAACCUGCAGGAUUUAUGGCCUUUAAUAAAGCCGUAGAACCCGGUAGUGCCGUUCAGUUGAGCUCGCGGCUGGAGAGGAGACAGGAGACGGAACCGACGGUGAAGAGUUCGCAGGUUUUUCACCUGGGACCUGAGAGGACGAGAAGGUGUGUACUGCUGAAGCAUGUCUGACAAGCUGGGCUUUGAGAUGGCUGAUAGAGUGUCCAAUGGCGCCCCUGGUGGUGAGGAGCGGAGUAGCGGAGCGACGAAGAAGAAGCCCAAAGCCUUCAGCACCCCCAUGCAGCGCCCCCCCACCCCCGCUCUGCUCACAGCUGCUGUGGGAGGUGCAGGAAGUCCUGGUGAGAAGUCCUCCAUGUUUAAGAGAGUGGACUCUGUCCGUAGAAGUAUGGGUCUGACAAAAAAGGAAAAGUCGCCAAGACGACCACCUUUGACCUUUUCUCCUGAUGCAGAGGUCCAAAAGGUCACCAAGGGGUCAGAGGUCAGCCAGUCGUACACCCUGUCCCCUGAUCCCUCCGCAUCACCCUCAGGUGCAGCGAGUCCUGGAAUGAACGCCAUUUUUAAGAGAGAAUGGCUGGCCUCCCAGAGAAGCCCUUGCGAGUCGUACACUCUGCCCCCUGGACCCUCUGCUCCACCCUCAGUGAUGGAGGUGAAUAAUUUGAUUGACGGCUGUGAUCUGCUGGGUGCUCUGGUGAACCUGCUGUCUCUGCGUGAGGAGGUGCGGAACGCCUCACCUGUGGAGCUGGCGCACCUGGAGAAGGACCUGCACCCCUGUCUGUGCGCUCGCACCAAGAUGGCCGCUUGUCGUCGUCAGUCCAGCGUGCUGCCCGCCCAUAACAAGGGCUGCUGGGUGCAGAGGGACUUCUGGCGGGACGCCGUGCGGGACGGUGUGAGGGACGUGCUGCAGGCCGUGCACCUGGACACACCUGAGCGCAACACUUCCUGGUUGGCCGUGCACCUGGGGCUGCUGGGAAAAGCCAUUGUGGAGAACCUGGAGAGGGUGAAGGCGGAGCUACAGGCCUCGUACCCACCCAGUUUCACAGACCUGAUCGCCAAGGUGACCGAGGUCAAAGACUCCUACGCCCUACUGGACUUCAUAGGCAACCAGUACGAGAGUGAGAGGAUUCUGGGUAAUGUAGGCCUGCAGCCUGAGAUGAGGGAGGAGCUCAGACAUCUAACUCUGGAGGAGGAGCUACUGAACAAGAUCAAGGACCAAUACUGCAAGCAGUUACAGGCUGAGGUGAAGGCUCUGCUGGAGGGUGUGAUCCGUGUGGAGCGUGAGACCCUCUGGGAGCCGAAGACAAAGUCCAAGGAGCAUGAUGAGGCAAAAUGCCCCUUAUCCCCGAUGGUGAUGGACAUCAGACAGAUGGUGGCAGGGAAGGAGAAAACUUCUAGAACCCUUAGCACUGAUUUGGGACUAAGGACUACACACAUUUGCCUAAAGGAGCUAGAGCGCUUUCCUACGGAGUUAGAGCGUGAGUUCUCUUGCUGCGUGCGUCCACUCAUCUCCCCCCCGGCUGACGUGUUGGACCAGAGUCUCUGGGUCACGUACCACAUCACUUACAUCAACAGCUUCAUCGCUCUCCGAGAGCACAUGGAGAGCUACAAGGACAGCAGUCCAGAUCAGGUGACCCAACUGAGCAGGAGUCUGGAGAAGGCAAAGAGUAAACUGACUCACACUCUACUGCAGCAGCUCAAGACCGACAUCAGCCCUUUCACAGCAAGCCUGAUGACCAAGCACUGGCUGAACGACGACGAAGACUUCAAGGAGCUGUGCGAGCGCGUCCAGAACCUCUAUGACCUCUGCACCGAGAUGAAGCAGCCACAACUACAGGAGUUUGUCAAACAGCUCCACCUGCUGGUGAUGAGGGAGUACGUCACCCCUCUGCUGCACUCCUCCUACUCCUGCAAGGGCAGGAAGAACCAACAAGCUGCAGAGAAGCUGCAGGAGCAGUGGACUCAACUCAGCACGCUCUUCCAGCGCAUGAAAUCAUCUGAAGACUGGCUCCACCCCCUCGGAGACCACCUGAGUAAAAUCAUUGGUCAGAAAAAUGAGAGUGACAUCACUAAAGCCAUCCUGCAGCCCCUGGUCACGGAUUUCCCCGACAUCAGUGAGAAGCAGCUGCAAGCUGUGCUGAAUUUCCGCGCCAGCAUGUGGACUCCUGAGCGCAUACGCGUCCAGCACCGCGUGGCCAAGUUAAAACAGCAGGGCGGCGCCACACACACACACAUUAGGUUCUUCACCGAGAUGCAGUGAUGGAGAAAACGGAAACCGCAGCGGUCUGUGUUUGUUUCUACUUUGGACAUUUCAAAUCUUUAAGGGUUCUCCCGUACCUUCUCUGAAACAUCUUAUCAUGGUUUGGCAUAGUACUAUAUUGGUAAAUUAUUAUAUACAAUCUGUUUAUGUCUGUGUUUAUAUUUGUGUCCACUGCACUUGCAUUUAUUUGAUGUCCUUGUAAAUAAUGCAGUUGCAUUAAUUUGAUUUCUGUAAAUAUUUAGCAAUUAUUUAUAUGAAUAUAUGUUAAAUUAUUUUAGGGUUUCUUGGGUGUUCAGUAUAAAUGUCAACCCAAUCCGGUGAACUAUAGUGAGCUGGUGAGGCGCAGAGGACACAAACACAAGAUCACAAAAUGGAAACGGCCGAACUUCAGAAGUUGUAGUUCAUUCUAAAAACUAUUGUAAUAGUUACAUGGAGUAAGAAUGUUUCCUUGAAAUGUACAGCCUGUCAUGUCCAACAAAUAAAAAUAUAUACAUGUAUAAAA